AUGACGCAAUAUUUUGGACGCUCGAAUUUCUCGUUUCGCUCCGUCUAUCCAUUGGGCGGGCUGGAUUGGGAACUUUGCCUGAGCAAUCCAGAUCACCAUUUCCAGCUGUUUGUCGGCUGUGGUACAUCGCGACAAGGAGUCACCUGGAGUUGCAAGGCCAAAAGCUCGUUUUUUUCGAGGUUUUUCAAUGGGGAGGAUUUCCUUGUUGACAAGAAUUUUCUUAAAGACGACAAAGCGACUUUCAUUGUGGCUAUCGAAAUCGAGAAUAUCUCUAUUAAAUCCACUCAAGGAAUUGACCAGUUGAAGGAAUUCACCCUCGAAAAU